CAACAGCAGCAGCAACCACUGACUGCACCGCAGCAACAUGUGCAACAACCACCGCCUCUGCCGCCACCGAAUGCAAAUAUGAAGAGUUUAAAGUAUUACGAGCAUCUGCAGGCCACCUACGACUGCCACCACGAUCUGAUGGAUCAGGAUCAGGAUCAGGAUGACUACGAGGACACCUGCAUGCAGCGCAAUCACCCGUACAACAACUCCCAGAGGCCGCUUUUGGGUGACAGACGACCCCAGUUGACGGUGAUGAGUGUGGGCAAGAAGGGCAAGUCGGCUAUGGCCCAGCAAAAUCAUCCGCUGCCACCACUGCCGCCCCUAAGGACCUACAUCUCACCCUACGUGCAGCAACAGAAGCGGGACAGCGCCAAGGGAUUGCACGGGUUCAACGAUUUCGAUGCCCUGUCGCAGCAGUACAAUCAGCAUCUCCAGAGUCCACACAUUGGCUAUCCCUAUGGCAGUCCACCAUCGCCCACAGCUCAGUCCAGCGAUUUCUGUUUCGAUCGGCAGAACGGAUUGGUUAUGCUGCCCGGUGGAACCACCGCUCCCAUCAUCUCCAGCAGUUCCAGUAGCAACUGCAGCAGCUCGCACACCACAUCCACCUCCUCGCCCACCAGGUAUUACCCAGAUCAUCAUCAUCAUCAUCAUCAUCAUGCGGCCAGCAGUAGUGCUCUGUUGUAUCCCUCCCGAUUCGAGGACGAUUUCUGCAUGCGUCGUCCUGCCGUUCUCGAGAGUUCCAGUUCGACACCCACCGCUGGAUUGGGUGGACCCUUCAUCUUUGGCAUUGCACCGGAGCAACAGGUCACGGACUAUGGCAGCAAUCCACUGCCGCCAACGCCGCCUCAGCUGAAACAACAAUCUGUGAUUAGCCGAAGUCCUUUGCAACAAUCGCUGAGCGAUACGAGUGCCGCCAGCAGCGGCAAAGGCUCCAAAUUCUUAUUGCGUAAGCGUAAAUCGAAGAAGACAGCCGCAACAACAGCAGCCACAGCAACAGCAACAGCUGACAACGCAACAAAGGCCAAAAAGAGUGGCAAAAAGGCUGACACCCCUUCGCAGCCUUCGAUCAAGUGCGUGCUGGUGGGCGAUGGAGCUGUGGGCAAGACGAAUCUGAUCCUGUCGUAUCUGGAGAAUCGCUUCAAUCCCGAACACAUACCCACAGCCUCAGACAUUUAUAAUGCCGAUGUGAAUGUGAACGAGAGUCCGGUGCACUUGACGCUCUGUGAUACCGCCGGCCAGGACACUCUGGAUCCGCUGAGGGAGCUCUGCUAUCCCGACAGCGACGUCUUCCUGCUCUGCUUCUCGGUGGUGAAGCCGGAAACGUUUCGGGCCAUCAAGGCCAAGUGGGCACCGAAGUUCGCGAAGACCAAGGCCGCCCUGAUUUUGGUUGGCACCCAGGCCGAUCUUCGCACCAGCCCCAAUGUCCUUAACAAACUGCAGACAAAUGGCGAGAAAGCAAUUUCAUAUGCAGACGCCUGGGAUUUGGCAACAACAAUUGGCGCAAAAUACAUUGAGACUUCGUCAGCCACACAGGACAAAGUCAAGGAUGUGUUCGACACAGCCAUUUGGGAGGGCCUAGUGCCCACCACCCUGCCGCCCACGCCCUCGAUCUGGAGGAAGCUCUUCUGCCUGGCCUGAAACUCGAAAAAUCUACUCAACUCCACACACGAUUUAUUAUUUUUUUUAUUCGGAUAGCUAUAGAUUAUAAUUAACUAUUAUUAUUUAUAUUGAACAAUUUUUUUAUUAGAGAUUUUCGUUUAGCAGUGCUUGCACACAGACUGAUCUACACAAUAACUAAAAUAAUAUAAAAAAAAGAAUAUUAAUAAUGUUUAAUGUCUAAACAAAUAUGUUUUCAUGAUCGAUUUUUUACUCGUACUCGUAAUCAUGUUCAUGGAUUUUUCUCAUCUUUUUUUUGCUUAAUUUAUAGUCGUAAACUAUUUAAUCUUAAUUAUUAUCGCCCAGACCCACGACUAUGUUACAUCAUUCCAUCCGUUUUUAGGCAUUACGUUUUAAGCAAAUAUUUCAAAUAUUGUAUAUCGAAGGCAGCAUUAAAUAUAGCAAAGAAACAAAUUCACCAAAACCCGUCUUGUUUAAAUUGAAUUUCCCUUCCAGUGUUUCCAAAUAAUUUGGCGUCCUAAUGCCAUAAGUGCUGGCAAAAAUAAUAAUAAAUACCGAAGGCAUUACGCGGAGUUGUGUGAGAGACUUUGGAUUGGAGAGCAGAACCAACAAAAGCCACAUUAGCGUGCCAGCAAAGUCUCUACUCUCGACUCUCGACUCCGCCAAGUAAACACACGCACAGUGCACCCGCACACACCACACACCACACACACACACACCACACACAUGCCACAGCAUCUGAAAGAAAAGUUAAAGGAAAAACUGAAGACAAAACUUGUCAAGUUUGCAUACCCCCACAGUGGCUGUCAUUUUUGGGUGGAAAAGUAAAAAAAACUCACUAAAAACCAUUUACAAAAUUUAAAAACUUAUUUCUUCUCAUACAGAAAAGUAAA